AUGUCUCUCCAGGCUCCUCUCCUACCUGCAGUGGUCCUGUCUCUGGUUCUGGUUGUGUUGGCUCUGACAGGGCUGUCCCAUGCCCAGCUCCAGCCCAAGGCUUCUGUCCUGGAUUUCUCAGCCAGCCUGGGUAACCUCCUCCCCAGCCUCAGCCGUCCGGCCAACUCCAGCCGGAUCUUCUACGGGGUAAUGUUUGACGCUGGCAGCACUGGGACACGCAUCCAUGUCUACACCUUCAUACAGAAAGACCCUGAGGAGUUACCAGUGUUGGAUAAUGAGAUGUUCCAUUCCAUCAAUCCUGGUCUGUCAGCAUACGCAGACAUGCCUGAAAUGGGUGGGUACACAGUGAGGCAGCUUCUGAAGGUGGCGAAGAAGACCGUCCCGCAGUUGGAUUGGAAGAUAACCCCACUGGUCCUGAAAGCUACAGCAGGACUCAGGCUGCUGCCCCCAGAGAAAGCCCAGGCUCUGCUGGAACAGGUGCAGGACGUGUUUGAUGAAUCUCCCUUCUUCAUCCCAGACGACAGCGUCAGCAUAAUGGAUGGUACAAAUGAAGGAAUUUUGGCGUGGGUUACUGUGAACUUUUUGACAGGUCACCUCUAUGCUGAGACCAGGAAGACAGUGGGGAUUCUGGAUCUGGGGGGUGGAUCGACUCAAAUCACUUUUCUACCCAAAUCCAAGAAAACCAUUGUAAGUUCUCCUGCUGACUACAUUGCCAGAUUUGACAUGUUCAACUCUACAUAUGACCUGUACACUCACAGCUACCUGGGUAAUGGACUGAUGGCAGCCAGACUGGCAGCCCUAGGAGCACUGGGGGCAGAAGGGUUGGAGUGGAGAGUGUUCAAAAGCUCCUGUCUGCCCAAGAAGUUCAGAGAGGAGUGGCGCUUUGGAGGACUCACCUACACAGUCAGCGGGAUACCUGAUGGUUAUGCGGGAUACAAGCUGUGUUACCAGGAGGUGUUGAAGGUAGUAAAGGGAAUAGUUCACCAGCCCUAUGAGUUGAAAGACACCAGUGUGUUCUACGCUUUCUCCUACUACUUUGACCGAGCCGUGGAUGCAGGCCUUAUUGAUGGGACCCAAGGAGGAAUGCUGGAGGUCAGAGACUUUAAGAAGGGAGCUAAAGAGGUGUGUAACAAGAUGUCUAAGUACCGUCCUGUCAGCCCCUUCUUGUGUAUGGACAUGACCUACAUCACCUGUCUGCUCAAAGAUGGCUUCGGCUUCAAGGAGAACACUGUACUGCAGCUGAUUAAGAAGGUGAACAACGUUGAGACAAGCUGGGCCUUAGGUGCCACGUUCAAACACUUCCAGAACCUAAAGAUCCACUGAGAGACAUAAGCCACAGGGUUGGUUGGGCUGGUGGGAUCACUGGUUUAUCACUGGUUUACAUGGUGCUCAACAAGAAAUAGACUGAGGAAUACUUGUUUUAAACUGAUACGCCUUUGUGUCUUGUUGUAAUGUUUUAAAGAUAUGCCAUAUUUGGAUUUUACAUUUGAGAUGACAUUACAAUUGUUACAACUAUUUUGUAACCCAACACAUAUGACUGGUACUAUAGUUCAGUAGGUCUGUUGUUUUCAUGUGACUGGCUGCUAUACCGUAGCCUUGUAUUAUAUACGUCUCUAUUAAAGCACUGGGGGCUGAAACUCAACAUAGUUGUGUUACUGUACAAAUCUGGAUAUUUUGACCGUCUGAUUUUGAUUUUCAU